CAAGCGCCUCUCUCGAACCUCGCCAGCUUCCCAUCCACCACAAAUACCCCAAAAAUGUCUUCUCAAGCGGUUGCCAAAGCCGCUGGCGGCGUUGUUUCUAUUGCCAAGAAACACACUGUCCAGUCCACCGGCGUCUGGGAGGCCCUCCGCCGCGUCUUCGCCCUCGACCCCGAGCGCUCCAACGGUGUUCCUCUCAACCCUACCUUCCGUCUUCCCGCCCCCGGUGCCAACGACCCCCUCGAGUACGACGAUCCCGUUACGCUGCCCGCUGGUGAUAUUGCCGGAAACCCCUACUGGAAGCGCGACACCCGCCGUGCGUACCCUCGCCUUUCUGUCGUCAACCAGGCCGAUGUUGUCAGCUUGUUGACCGUCGGCAGCGAGGCCCAGCCCAAGGUCGAGCUCAUUGGCGAGGCUGGCGAGAAGCAGCUCGUUGCUGCCAAGCAAGACGGCCAGACCAACGGCCUGUCCAAGUUCCUGGCCAAGUCUUCGGCUGGUGUUGCCACCAAGGACGUCUUCAUUGGCGGUCUUCCCCCUACGCCUAGCGGCCAGUCUUUGUCUAGCGGCAAGUGGGACGUGCACAAGUAUAAGCUCGUCAACGAGGCGUCGUACCCUGAAGAAUACCCUGCUAGAUCGUUCCAGUAAAAUGGAGGCGCUUGCCUGUAUGUAUAUAAUGAAGGAAGAAGUGGAGGAGAGGCUGGAAGUCAUAGAAGAAACCUACGCUUGUUAGGGAAAUAUUAACAUCAGACAUUUUACUUUGUUAACAAGCAUGAUGCCCACUAUGUGCUUUCGUGAUUGAUCAAGGCUGUCUCUUUGUAGUGUGCCUCUUGCUACCUGCAAUGGCGAGGAACACUGUUUAAGUGUAUGAUUUUGCUAUGAUCCAGCUGUAUGCUCUAUAAAUAUAAUCCGCCUGUUUUUUUAUUUAAAAAAAAGACAUUUUCCGACCCCCAAACUCCAUGCUAUGCAAAAUAAUUCGUAAAAUCGGCCUUCAAGACCGCUGCCCAACCAUACGCUCUACCACCUUCAUUUUCCCUUGUGCUCGCUUGACUCUGUCAUCAAAGUCUUGUACUGCCUCGUCUGAAUUCUGAGUAGAUAGUGUUUCCGGCUCAACCAGCGCAUAGAGCAUCUUGACGUUCUUGUCCAGUCUGGCGUUGGCUGGUAACGCCGGGAGCUGCGCGUAAAAUCGGCCUUCAAGACCGCUGCCCAACCAUACGCUCUACCACCUUCAUUUUCCCUUGUGCUCGCUUGACUCUGUCAUCAAAGUCUUGUACUGCCUCGUCUGAAUUCUGAGUAGAUAGUGUUUCCGGCUCAACCAGCGCAUAGAGCAUCUUGACGUUCUUGUCCAGUCUGGCGUUGGCUGGUAACGCCGGGAGCUGCGCGCGAGAGGCGUCGAGAGGUUUGCCUUCUGCUUUGUUUUGCUCUUCGCGCUUCAGUCGCUGGUCUGGUAGACGGUUCGCCCAGAUUGUGGCUCUGCCUGCGAGGAGGCCGCUCUCGAGAAACUUAUCAAAGCCCUUGCUCAUGCCGAACUGGCGGCCUUCGAUGCGGCCGGCCUGCUCGCCGUCCUCGAGGCCCUGCUGGUAGCCUUGGCGAUAGAAGCCAUCUUCGAGGUUGAAGAUGUCUUCAAAGGGAUCUUCUGAUUCUGGCAUAGUUUGGUGGUGAAUGUGAAUCUGUGAG